UGAAUUUCUGAUGCAUCUGAACUUGCAGGUCAGUUCUUGUUUGGGAGGUGGUUCGUGAUGGUGGAGACCUCAGCAGCGAUAAGUUUGGGAGGCAGAUCUAACGACGGCUUUCAUUUUAUGAUUUUCUUUUGGGUUUUUUUCAUAUUUGAUUUGGGUUGGUUUCAAUGUGGGCCCUGAGGCGGGUGUGAAGCCGCUGGAUAUGAAUUGGUGGCCGGCGGGCGUGGUGGCGGAGGAGGCCGAGGACGCGGCGGCGUUGUCGUCUCCGAGCAGCGCGGCGUCGUGCUUCAAGAUGGACUUCUCGAUCUUCAGAAACGGGUUGUUGGGGAAGAGAGAUAGCAACGGCAACGGCGGCGCGACGAUAGAGAUAGAGACGGCUCUUCCAAUUCCAGAGCCAGCGACGAUCGGAUUGUCUUCCAAUUUGGUGAACUUGGCACUAAACUUGGUCAGUGAAGGACGGGUUUCGAUUCUCUCUCUACCUCCACCGCACAAACUUACCCUCUCUCACCCCUCACUCUCCGGCCAUGUCGCAGAAUUCCUCCGAGCACACUGUCUCAGCAGCCGGCUCCCCUACGCCGGCCGGCGGUGGCUCUCUUGCUGGAGCAUAUCAUUACAUAUCGAUGAAGCUGACAUCCAGAAACUCUCUUUUCUGGCGAACACAGCUGAUUCCCUUCCUCCGGGGACAAGAACUCCUCGGUUAUGUAGACGGAACCUGCCCGUGCCCUCCGGCCUUCAUUCCCGCUGCCACAAAUUCUGA